UAAUUUAAAACAAUUACGUGAUUAUACUGAUUUUUAUCUUGCAUUGCAUACAUAUAUAUUUGUUGUUGUACAGUAGAAGCAUUUUAUUUUGAUCAAUGAUUUGACCAUACCGCCCUCAUUCGACAAAUAUGUAACGUAACUUUACGAAGAGCCUUGUCACAUGCAAUAAUACUUUUUGAUAGUGUAUUCAUUCUUGAUAGAAGAUAGUGCGAUAUAUUCCUACAAAUUACGAAUAGUCACGAUUAUUAUACACAUACACAUGGUUGUUAAUAUUAUGUUAUUGUAUUGUAAGAAACUCACUUGCGUUAAAAACGUCUGAUAAUGGAGUAUAUCUACGAGGCUUAGUGAUAUCUGAGAAACUUUAGUGUAAACAGUAAGAAUUAGGCCGCUUAGCGGGAUUGCUGGUGAGAUUUCGACGAGUGAGGAUAGACAGCAAUCCACUGAGUUUUGGAGAACAAAUUACGGUGUAUCAACAUUGGUACUGGGUUACUCUAGGACUGUUGUUUGGGAAGCUACUACCUGGUCUCAGAGUUGAGGUGCACAGUAUAGAGUUGAGGUUCACAGUAUAUUCAGAGUUGAGGUUCACAGUAAAUUCAGAGUUGAGGUUAUUAUUAUUGGUACUAGAUACCCAUGAGUGUUCAGUUGGGUAAGUCUGGAUGGCCAAAUUGUUUUUUUUUAUGAUUAUUGCUAAAGAGCCUAAUUUUAGAUUGAUGUUACCUUAUGCACUUUUCUAUGUCAUUAUGAUUUAAUUCUAUGAAUGCAUAAUUGUUGGCUAUGAUGAUGUUUAAACAUAAUGAUAGUGAUGGUAACACUGAUUUGUUUUACUUUUACAUAAUGAGUUGUUGAAAGAAUUGUACUCUCUGUUUUGCUUCACAUGGGUUUUCUUUUCUUUCUCCUUUGAGGUGGAGAGCCUAAUAAAGCCUAAUUAAGAACUUAAUAAUUAUUGUGUGCGGUUUUGUUGCUUUUCUUGUGGUUGUGGCAUCCUGGACGAGAAAAUCGCAUCACGACAAACUGGUGUCAGAAGUGGAAUUAGGCUACAGCGAAUCAGUCAAGUUGAGAAGCAAGUUACCGUAUAAGCGAGUGAGUGGUGACAGCGUGAACUGGAUCGAGUAAGGAAAACCUCUGGCUGGACGAGAUAAAGAGAAAACUUGAGUAUUUUGCAUUUACGCAAAUAGUUUUUUUUUGCUGCUUAUAAUUGUGUUGUAUGUUUAUGAUAUUCUUUUUAUUGUUAAAUUGAGGUACAGCAGCAUAUUGAUUGAUUUUACUCUAUUAUUGGUUAAUCAUUUUGGAUAUUAUAUUUCAUUAUAUUUUCUUCCUAUAAAUUAUUAUGAUGAUUAAUGAUGUUGAUGAUGACAUGCAGGCAGCAGCAGGUGGCCUGGGACAGAUGAUAGCAGCCCUGACUGGAGCUUUUAACAACCUAGCAGCAACACGUGUGGUACCUACUGUUAAACUGACUAAAUUCAGAGGUUCACCCCAAAAGGCAGGAGAUCUGACAGUUCAAGAAUGGUUGGACGAAUUUGAUUAGUACUGUCAUCGUGUCCCCGAUCAGGAUAGAGCCCACUCACUUGUAUCAUUUUUGGCAGGUUCUGCCAAAGAUGAGGUUCUAUGUCACGAAGCUGCAGUCCGUGAGGAUGUUGAUCAACUGAAAGAUAUACUCAAGAAUCGGUUUGGCCUGAAGGAAUCUGUCCAUUCCUUGAGUGCAGAGUUACACAGCCGGGUGCAAAAAGAAGGUGAGACUUUAGCAGAUUCUAGUGCUGCUUUACUUAGGUUGUAUGACCGGAUGGUAGGAGCAGCCUCAGUAGGAGAGAGAGAUGCACUUGCCAUGCUAAAGGACAAUACCUUGAAGGAGAGGUUCAUCCGGGGUGUGCGGAACCAGACGGUUCAACGAGAGCUUAGGAGGACUGCUAUUGAAUUCAAUCAACGGACUUUUAUUGAGAUGAGGAAUGAGGUGCUGAAAUUGUUCCAAGAUGCUGAUCCUACUGUCAACGCAAAGGUAAGACCCUAUGAAGUUGAGUCUGCUCGUAUAACCCAUGAUGGUGGCAACCUGACAGCCAUGCGUAAUGAGAUUUCGUACUUAAGAGAGACCCUGAAUGAAGUUGUUCAGGUACUAAACAAGAAACCCAAAAAGAAAUUAGAAUGCUAUAAUUGUGGGAGAGAGGGACAUUUGAAGAGGGAGUGCAAAUCACCACCAUUGUGUUUUGAGUGUAAAAAGUUUGGCCAUUUUUGUAAAGAUUGUCCGGAGCGGAUGGGAAGAGUUAAAACGCCACAAAGUCCCGAGGUAGAAGUGGUAAAUGGUCUAGUGGCACCUGGUGACUUGAAUCGUGACAUCCCAAAUAAUAUUGUCUCCAAUAGCCCCACGGCAGAAGUUUUAAUUGCAGGGAUAACGACUGGUUGCAUCCUUGACACAGGAGCAGAGGCGAGUCUCAUACCAUUAUCCUAUUAUCAGAAGUACUUACAGCCAUCAAGCGGAGAAUUGGACAGUGCUAAAGAUAUUGUUAGAGUAACUGGAGUGUCUGGAACUACCAUCCCUGUGGUUGGAUUCUUACAAUCAACUAUAGCCAUUCGAGGUAAGACUGUAGAAGUAGGAUUUCUGGUAAUUGAAGAUCAGAUAGUGAUACAUCGACAUGAGAAAUAUCCAGUAAUAUUGGGAUGUAACGCCCUAAGAGCACUGAUUCGAGAAGUUGAAAGUCUGGGUGAAGAUAAAGAGUGGGAUUUAGUCAUGAAAACUAGGGAAAUAUCCAAAGAACACUGCACAACAGAGGUGGAGAGGGUUAAGGUGAUAGUUAAGGAGCCAGAGGCAAUACCACCCUUGACUAUAAAAAGAGUAAAAUGUCAUCUGAGAAGUCAAUCUCAGUGGACUGGUAAAAAUAUGAUGGUGGAAGCAAUCGAGAGGGGUAGUUUGGACAAUAAUGGACUUGAUAUCUUUGAAGGUUGUAUCCGAGUGGAAGUUCCUGAGGUACACAUUAUUGCUAACCGAAGUGACACAGAAAAAAACGGUGGACCCAGGGAUCACGUUGGCAUCUGCAGUGGCAUUAGAGCAGAAAGAGGAAGUACACAUUCAAGAAAGAGAUGGUGCAAUUGAAGUUGUAAUUGCAGAUGUUAUGAUUGAAU